GCGAUCCAAUCUUACAGGAACAAUUCGGACUCGUGAGAACCGGAGGGUGGGAUCUUUCUCCCGAACGCUUUCGCUACAAAAAGACCUGAAUCCAACCAACAAAUAUUCUUUUUAUUAUUUUCCUCUCGUAUUGAUUUAUUUUUUUAUUUUAUAAAAAAAAGUUCAUACAGCAAGUGGCCGAGAAAAAGAAGAUUUUCCCGGAAAAAGGAAAGGAAAUCAGAAAGUGUCUGGCGGUUGCAUUGGGUUGUUGAGAUUUUUAAUUGGGUUAUCCAUUUUACUCGUGAUUUUCAACCUCCUAACUCUCUCUCCACCGAUCCUUGGCAAAAGUUCUGUUCUUUGUUCUGUUUCAAAAUCUAGGCUUCGGCCGAGCUAGGGCUAAGGUUCCCAAGUGUGUUGAUUUGACAAUGUGUGCUUGAGAUUGGGGAUUUCAUGAGCUGAACUUCAUCGGGCAUUUGGGAAUUUUGGGAUUGAUCGAUGAAACGGCGAUGUGGUGUGUGAAAGAGGAAUGGAGGUUAGAUCUGAGGGUGGCAUACAGGUGCGUUGCGAUAAGCUUCCGGCGCCGGUGAUUGCGAGAACGCGUCUACAGGUGUGGUUCAUCCGGGUGUGUUCAAGCUUGUUUCUUUGGACGUGUUUGGUUCAGUUAGUGGCGGUUGGUGAGCUAUGGCAUCCACAUUUGCUCUCCAAUAUAACCAAUCGUAUUUCGGCAAUUACGCAGGAUCCACUUCCGGCGGUUCCGUCGCCGCCGCCUCUUCUCCCUGCAAGAAAUUAUACAAGUAAUGGGUUUCUUAGAGUUUCCUGCAAUGGGGGCUUGAAUCAAAUGCGUGCUGCGAUCUGCGACAUGGUGACUGUUGCUCGGCUUUUAAAUCUCACAUUGGUUGUUCCAGAGCUUGAUAAGACAUCUUUCUGGGCUGAUCCUAGUAAUUUUGAGGAUAUCUUUGAUGUAAGACAUUUCAUUGAUUCGCUGAGAGAUGAAGUCCGAAUUGUCAGAAGACUGCCGAAAAUGUUUAGUAGGAAAUAUGGACAUAAACCAUUCGAGAUGCCUCCUGUUAGUUGGUCAAACGAAAAAUAUUAUCUGGAACAGAUUUUGCCACUUAUUAGCAAGCACAAGGUGUUGCACUUUAAUAGAACGGAUGCACGUGUGGCAAACAAUUGGAUACCUCUUGAUCUUCAGAAACUCAGGUGUCGUGUUAAUUUCCAGGCGCUGAAGUUCACUCCUCAGAUUGAGACUUUGGGGUACAAAUUGGUUCGUAUACUCCAGGAGAAGGGACCUUUUGUGGCUUUGCAUCUAAGGUAUGAGAUGGACAUGUUGGCUUUCUCAGGUUGCACUCAUGGAUGCACUGAGGAAGAAGCUGCGGAGCUCAAACGAUUGAGAUAUGCAUAUCCUUGGUGGAGAGAGAAAGAGAUAGUGUCUGAAGAGAAGAGAUCACACGGUUUGUGUCCUCUGACACCUGAGGAGAGUGCAUUACUUUUGCAAGCAUUGGAUUUUCAUAAGGACACACAGAUCUAUAUAGCAGCUGGUGAGAUUUAUGGUAGUGAAAGGAGACUUGCCCCGUUAAGAUCUGCAUUUCCACGAAUUGUUAAAAAAGAAAGUCUUCUCUCCCCGGAGGAGUUGCAACAAUUUCAGAAUCAUUCAUCUCAAAUGGCUGCUUUGGAUUUUAUAGUUUCAGUAGCUAGUAAUACUUUCGUUCCUACAUAUGAUGGGAACAUGGCAAAACUUGUUGAAGGUCACCGAAGGUACCUUGGGUUUAAGAAAAGCAUCUUGCUAGAUAGGAAAAGACUUGUGGAGUUGUUGGACAUGCAUCUGAAUGGGACACUUUCAUGGAAUGAGUUUUCAGUUGCUGUACGAUCCACUCAUGAGAAGAGAAUGGGACAGCCAACUCGACGUCGAGUUAUUGCAGACAAGCCGAAGGAGGAAGAUUAUUUUUAUGCAAAUCCUCAAGAGUGCCUCUGCGAGGGAACAAAUUGUGACAACUUGCUUAGCCCUAGCAACUCAAGUGAAGUUGGGUGACUGCAAGCGAUCAAAUCUGGAACCUCCUUCAACACAAUUGUUUUAAGAGAGUGGUCAACAAAUCCAUGUGGCAGUGGCUUUCAUAUUAGUAAGCAUGUACACACACAUGAGAGUUUUGUAGGAAACGGCAUAAAAAGACUUGAGUUCCCGAUUUGGGCUUCUAAAGAUGUAUUCAUUCGUUUUCAAUCUUUAAAUUUGUCCAUAAAUUUGUUUGUUUUCUUCAUGUAUUUGACAACUUGACAUGAAUUCACUGCUGUUCAGUUCUAUAAAUUAUAAUUAACACGAGUACAGUCGAAAAAGUUUGUCCCGUUCAUGAGAAACAAAAAUGAGUGAUGCAAUUAAUUACCACAUGAAUUUGACGCUUCUGCACGGAUUCAUCU